AUCAUGUAACAUGGAAGAAUCCUGUUGACCUCAAAAGAAGUUUGGGUGUGAUGCGAAUAAACGAGAGUAUCACACAAUCACGUGCACAAGUGGGCUUGGAUAGUGACAAAGGUCGACUCAAGGGUAAAAGCACUAUACCACCAGAGUGUCUGGUUGUAGUUGUUUUAGAUGCAACUUAUCGAUUAGAAGACCACUACGAAACUAUUUUUGGAACUUAUUUGAGGCCGAUACUAAAACACCUAAAAGCUCCAUAUGUGAAAGAACAAGAGGAUAAAGAAAAAAAGGAAAAAGUGCCCGUCCUGAAGUGUGGUCUCGUUACCUUUGGACACUAUGAACCAUAUUCAACUAUACCUGUAAAAUCCCAUUAUUUUGAAAGUUUAGCGCGGUUCGACGAGCUAAUAUCUGAAAUAGAAUUUUUAAAUGGGGGUAUAUAUGAAAACGCAGUAGCUGAAGGUUUGGUCGCAGCUCUUGAGAUGUUUGACUUACAUAAAUCACAGAUGGAACCCGAUGCACCACAACCGAUAAGGCAUUGUAUUCUUGUGUCGAACAGUCAUCCCUGUCCUGAUCCUGUUCAUCGUAAUAUAAGUAGUAAGUACGAUGAAUUUACUAUUCCACAAAUAGUAGAAGAGAUGCAAGAGCAAUGCAUUUAUUUCUCUCUAAUAACUCCGGAAAGGGAUUUCCCAGAUUUAGAAAAACUUGUUGAGAUGGUCAAUCAAGAUGUAGAAGUUCAUAAUGUUACCGAGGUCAUAAAUUCUUCACAUGUCGUAAAGUUGGCAAAUUUCAAACUUACAUUUUCACAACCAAAUGAUGCUACACCCGACAAAAAAAGGAAGUGUGAAACUUCAACAUCAACAAAUGACACGAACAAUAAUGACCAGGCAACGUCAUCAACUUUGACCAGUUCAUCUCCUGAAAGUAAGAGAGUCAAACUCGAAGCAUCGGACGAACAAUUACCUAAUUCGACAGUUCAGCAGCCACUAGUCACAGAACCCUCGUCUAAUCAAAAAGAAUCUAUAACAAUUACUAAAUCUGUACAACCACCUUCUUCUAAACCUCCACAGACAAUUAAUGUUGCAAUUUCAAGAGCUUCUCCUGCUUUGACAUCAAUAAAUACUAUACCACCACAACUAUCAAAUCCACAAGAUGCGCUCGGACAUACUCAAGUAUCUGCAAAACCACCACAACAGCCUGUACAAUCAACUGCGCCAAUACAAAUUCAACAUCCUCCUUCCAUACAGCAACCUGUAUCAAUUUCAGGUACUCAACCCAUGCGACCGCCAAUGACCAUGGGACCAAGACUUCCUGCAGCUGCUAUGAAAGCUCAAUUUCAGGCUCAAUGGAACGCAAUGUCUCCAGAACAGCGUACCCAAUUCUUAACAAUGGCACAAGCAGCGCAAGCAGCGGCGGCAAAUAAUUCCCAAGCUCUACGUCAGAACGGACAACUAUUUAGAUCACAAGUAGCAAAUAAUACACAACAAAUUUUAAGGCAGCAAAAUCAAUUUUUGCAAAAUGAGUUGGCUGCAAGUCAACAAAAUCUUGCUGAUGCUAUAGUCAGAUCUAAAAUGACUCAAUUGUGUCAAAAUAACAUACAAAAUGUUCGUGUGCCUGUCGGCUCACAACCUAUAAAUAAUUUUGUGACAUCACCUUCUCCACAUGGUUCUGAUGCACAAUCUAUAAAUUGCUUUGUGACAUCACCUACUGUCGGAGGCACACAAAAUUUAGGUACACUUGCUACUAGUUUUUCUGCGCCUACUCUUAAUAUACCAAACAUGCCAACAUCGACGCAAGGUGGACAGAUAUCUACAACGACUGUCGGAACAUCCGUAGCUUCAGCUCUUGGGGUCCAAAUUCCGAAAACUAUAGCAUCGACAAAUCCCAGUACUAGCGCCUCUUCGAGUAACAAUGGUACUCAAAUAUCAGUUACUAACACAACUGGUGCAGCAUUGGGAUCCAAUAUUCGCCCCAAUAUUCCCCAAAAAGUGAAUGCAUUAUGGAGUGGCCAUAUUGCAUGGUCGGCCAACAGUCAGCAGACUGGAUUAAAACGCGAGCUUACUUGUCAUGUGACUGCUUUUCCCGGCAAUCAACGGAAAACUGGCCCUUUUUCUGUGAAUGAUUACAUGAUACAGGCUUGGCCUGAUAAAAUGGAAAUUUCCAGCAUAAAUCUUGCGAAAGACUUUAUGAGAGACGCAGCUUUACAAAAUCCCAAACCUCAUGUUGUUUCAUUUUUGCCAACCCCAAACCCUCAAGCAUCUCAAGCAUCUCAAGACAAUCACAAUACAUUUAUGGUAUUAAUGCGUAUCUUGGAUAGUAAAAAAUUGGCUGCUUUCGUACGUUUCUCUAAUGCGCCUAAUCCAAACGGAGGAAUAGUUCUUUUUACGACAGGAACAGGGAUGAAUACAGGGGUGAAUACAACAGGGUUAAGACUUGUUGGCUUACUUUUCUUAGAUUCACCAUUGCCGACAAGUGUGACUCAUAUGCUUCACAGACAGGUUAAUCCGGCCGCCGCUGCCGCAAUGCUACAGCAACCAUCGACCGCGGAUUUGAUUAAUCUUCGUCGUAGGAUGCAACUAACGUCUCUUAUACAGGCUGCGCAAGGUUCCAACCCAGUUAAUAAUGUUGACAUGAAAUUCCAGUUUGACGUUCAUAUUCGUCACCAAACAUUUCCCAAAAAACCAUCCACCACUCGUGAAGAAAACCUUCAGGGACAUCCAAUGGUAAUGGUAGUUCUGGAGAAACACGUUCGAUGGUGA